AUGUCCCAUAUUGCCCCGAGUGUCCGGAAUCCUCCUUGUGUGGUGCUCUUCCGCAGGAAAAAACCCAGGCUGCCUCUUCCUCCUGGUCCUCCUUCCGAUCCGAUCAUUGGCCAUCUACGUCGUUUCUCUUUCGCUCGUCAGCACGAGCUCUUAUGCAAAUGGGCCGCAGAUUACGGAAACAUCUUCCACCUGAGUCUGCUUGGGCAGACUAUCAUAGUCGUGAACUCUUUGCAGGUCGCGACGGAGCUCCUUGAGAAGCGAGGUUCCAACUACAGCGACAGGCCCGCCUGCACCACCCUCGAGAUGAUGGGUUGGGAGGCGAACCUCGCCUUCAUGCGGUACGGCGCAAGGUGGAGGAAGCACAGAAAGCUCUUCCAAGAGUACUUUAGCCAGGGUCAAAGCCUCACAUAUCGCGCCCAUCAGACUGAGGAAGCGCGUAUGCUUCUGAAAGAUUUACUCACUUCACCCACGGAAUUCAAGGCGUGCACGCAGAAGUACGCUCUUCUGAGCGUCAUCGGCAUCGCAUACGGGCAUCAGGUAAAGUCAGACGACGACGUCUACCUCAAGUUCGCGGAAGGCGCCAUCCACGGAGUCGAAGAAGCAGGAGCAGGUACCACGCUUCUGGAUCUCUUCCCUGCCCUGAAAUACGUCCCCCACUGGCUGCCUGGAUGUGCUUCAUUCACCGCCGCGGUGCGUCGCUGGGGCCCUGCCACCAAGGGUUUACACGAGUAUCCGCUCGGCGACAUGCGGGAGAAAAUGGAAGCGGGCACUGCCCAGAGCUCGUUCCUCACGUCCCACCUGGAGCGCCUCAACACAGACGGCAUCGACGGAGAAGACCUCGAGGACGUCAAGGGUGCCGCUGCGACCAUACUCAUAGCGGGUGCGGAGACGACAUGGUCACUCAUCCAGACUUUCUUCCUAUUCAUGCUGCUCUUCCCCGAGGUGCAGCGCAAGGCGCAGGAAGAGAUUGACUGCGUCGUGGGCUCUGGGCGGCUCCCCGACUUCGAUGAUCGCGAUGCGCUGCCGUUCGUGGAAUGCGUUCUGCAGGAGACCAUACGAUGGCACCCAGUCGCUCCGUUCGGUGUUGCACACGGAAGUCUCAACGACGAUAUAUACAAUGGGAUGCUUAUUCCGAAAGGAUCUGUUAUUAUACCUAACGUGAUGGCAAUGAGCCGUGACGAGACAAUGUAUAAAGAUGCAGACAAGUUCCUCCCAGAACGCUUCCUGCCUGCACCUGCUGGCCGCGGCGAGCCCCACCUGAGCUAUGUCUUCGGGUUCGGUCGGCGGAUCUGUCCCGGACAGUACUUCGCGGACAACAGCGCGUGGAUCGUAAUCGCGAGUGUCCUCGCGGCCUUCGACAUCUUCAAGCCCGUCAGAGCGGACGGAACGGCGGUCGAGCCGCAGGUGGAUUACACCACGGAAGGCUUGGCGAGCCGUCCGAAAAAAUUUGAAUGUUUGCUGCGACUGCGCUCUGAGGCGGCAAAGAAGCUGGUUGAGCAACCCACGUAA